UAUUGGAUCAGAACAAUAUCCCAUUUGUGGAAUGAAAUCACGUCUUUUUUCCCCGCGGGGCUGCCACCAGAUUGACCUGCAGCCGCAAUUCUACUUGUUACUUGUUAGUCUGAUGCACAUUCGCAUAUGUGCCCAACGCCCCCUGGAGAAUGGAAGCUUCCAGAAAUACAAGAACCUCAUUAGACGGAGUGGCUAAUUCAAUUUAUUGGACCCCAGAAGUUACACGCUGGGAGAGAUCCUGGCGCAAAUGUUGAAAAUAAAUGUCCAGUCUGCAGGGAGGAAUGAACGAGCAAAGAUCUGUUUAUUUAAAUGAAGCUAUGUGCAGAGGGCAAAAGCAUUCCAAUGAAAUCAAAGAAAGUGUAUUUUGUCUGAAAAUAUAACAUAUCAACCGCAUGCACCAGGAAUGAGGUGCGUUUUAAAGCAGGUGGACGCGUCGACCCUGAGCGCUGACGUCAUCCGCAGUGACUCAAAGGUCAUCCGGCUGCCCCGGAAAAGAAAGGACGGAAAAAUUGAAGAUCAGGAGGAAGAUGGCGAGAUGAAUUCAAGUCAAAACACGCGUCACGUGGACACUGCAGGGGGUGGAGAAAAGACUCUGCUGCCUGGAAAAAUUCCAACUCCGGUCGCCCUUUGUUAUCCAGAAGAGAAUUUAUCGGGAUUUCAUUUCCUUUGAAUCGUCACGAGCCUUUAGCCGUGUGCUCAAAUUUGUCUGAAUACUGACAAACACUUUGUUGGAAAUAAGCAGUCCAAAGCUGCUUCGACGUCUGUCCGAGGGACUGCCAGUGCGACUUGAAAGACAUCCCGGCCACUUUCUCGUGGGAUCCGGCGGUCUCCCUCCGGGUUGGACCUUGCCCUUCGUCGUAACAAUUUCCAUGCAGUCAAUGGACAGUCUCGGGGUCCAAAUCAUCCCAGACACGGCAGAACUCGCGACGGCACCGUGUUACGUUUUAUUGGUCAAAUAAAUAUUUUUAGUUUUUUUUUUUUUUUUUUUCGCUCAAAAUCUGGCAACUCGUUCAGGGUAUUGUCCGCCCCCUGCCCGAAUUUAGCUCGUAUAGCACUCCCGUGACCCCAGUGAGGAUAAGCGGCUCAGAUAAUCGAUGGAUUGAAGUUGAAAACAAAGAAAUUGCUGACUUGAAGAUGACUGAAAACUGGGGCGGUUUUUCAUGACAGCAAAGUCCAAAUGUGCCCUUUAAUAUGCGGCUGAAAUGCGACGGUUGGUUUGACUCACAAAGACAAGGAAAGAUGACAUUUAAUUAUUGUGAUUAUUUAUCAAUGUGUAUCAACGUCCUCAAAACCGUUUGCUUGUUCGAUGACAUGGUGAUUUCGAGCAAAUUCAAACUAUUCAAGACUGACAAACGUUGACGUGCAGGUGGAAAGGUUUUUGGGUGCAGUCGCGAGACAAGCAAGCUGCUUGUCGCUCCUCUUCGUCGCUCCCCCCCCCCCAUAUUAUUAUUAUUUUUUUGUUCCCGCAUCGCUGUUGAGCCGCACGGACAAACGCGCGAAUCGAAAUUAUAAUUUUGCAAAAUGGUUGUUGUCUCUGACGCCGGAAUAUAUUUAUUUCUUCCCCUGACUGCUAACAUGUGGAAGCUCGCUGGCGGAGGAUGAAUCUUGCAAUAUUGUCACACUCCAUAAAAAUACGGAUUAUUAUUGUUAUGAAUGAAUGAAGUAUAGUUUAGCUUUUGUAUAUUUAAGUCGGACGAAAAGUAACCCGAGCAUAUGACAUCGUAAAAGAUUUUAUGGUGGCAAAUUAUUGUGUGUAUAUGUAUAUAUAUAUUCUUUCCAAAAGGAUGAAAAAAUGGAAAUGUCAAUUUGAGCACAUAAAUUAUUCAUGUUCAUCCCUUUUCUUCUUCUGAUUAUGAUUGUUGUCCUUAACUUGACUCAGAAGCUUUUCUUUUUAAAUGUUGGUUUCGGUUGCAACAAUAUUCCGCCACAUAUUUCACAGGAAUUAAUCAUCACGUAGAAAUACUUUGUCCAUAUUAUUUUGAUAUUGUGUAUCCAACCAAUCGAAGCAGGGCCUGUUACAUGCGUGUGUUCCGUUUGAAGGCCUGUCAACCGCAACGAAAGCCCCCCGUGCAGUGCAAACAUGCUACUGUACAACAGAUGCAGUGUGAAAGUGUUCUUGAAUUCUCUGAGCGACGCCGACGAGCAUUUCUCGUCCGUGCGACGAAGAGCAGCUGCACAGAGCGUGACGGGACAGUUGGUGACGCUGCGAGCUGACAAAUCUCCGCCAGCUCGUUGCCGAACUGGAGCCGCUCCAAGAAUCUUUUCAUUUUUUUCUCGCCUUUCGCCGCCGUCGCCGCCGUCGUCGUCCUCGUCGGCGGAUCGAAAAGAAGCAUUCCCACCGAAUUUCCAGUCCCGACGCACUGUGUUUGGAGAGCGCUGCACGACGGCGUUUUCUCGCAACAAUGGCAGACAAAGGCGUUUCAGCGGCGGGCCCCGUCGUGUGCAUUUGCGCUUUGCUGCUGACGCUGCCCCUGGUCCAGGCGGAUCUCAGCUAUUCGCUUUUGGAGGAGAUGGAGCGCUCGUCUGCCAUCGGAAACAUAGCCAAAGAUCUCGGAGCCGACCUGGGCACGUUAUCUUCUCGAAAAGCCCGGAUUGAGUCGGAGGACGCUCGGAAGCGUUUUUGUGAGGUGAAUUUGCGCACCGGAGAUUUGAUCGCGGUGGAGAGGAUUGACAGAGAAGGCCUUUGCGACAAGAAGCCGUCGUGUGUGCUCAAAGUGGAUCUGCUUCUGGAAAAUCCCCUCGAGCUGCAUCGCGUAAGUCUCCACAUUCUGGAUAUAAAUGACAACCCGCCGCAUUUCAAAAAGAAUUUAAUCGAAAUCGAAAUAUGGGAGUCUGCUGAGAGAGGAAGCCGAUUUGCAAUUGAGGAGGCUCACGACGCAGACAUCGGACAAAAUGCUGUUCAAAGAUACCAUCUGCAAAGAAAUGACAACUUUAUUCUCGCCGUUGACAACAAUAAGGUUGAACUUGUUUUGGAAAAUAAGCUUGACCGAGAGAAGCACAGCGAGAUGCAUUUGCUCCUGACCGCUUUCGAUGGCGGUUCGCCUCCGAGAUCGGGAACGGUCGUCAUCCACGUCACCGUGCUGGACGCCAACGACAACGCGCCCGUCUUCAGUCAGGCCGUUUAUGAAGCCAGCCUGGCCGAAAACUCUCCUCCGGGUACAAUCGUGAUUCAGGUUAGGGCGACUGAUGCUGAUGAGGGCGUCAACGGGGACGUGACCUAUGACUUUGGACACGUGUCUGGCAUUAAUGUGAAUGUUUUCUUUAUGGAUGCCGCAACGGGUGAAAUUAAGGUAACAGGUGUGACUGAUUUUGAGGAGAGAACUUCCUAUGAGAUGAGAGUAGAAGCUAAAGACGGUUUAGGGUUGACAUCCUACGCUAAAGUUAUAGUAGAAAUCACUGACGUGAACGACAACGCCCCAGUUAUAAGCAUAAAGUCGCUGACCGAUCCGGUGGCAGAGGACGCGCCGCCCGGCACCGAGGUGGGCAUCAUCCACGUGCAGGACCGAGACUCGGAGCAGAACGGAGAAGUCCGCUGCUCCAUCCAGCAAGACGUCCCCUUCAAGUUAAUUCCUUCCAUUAAGAACUAUUAUUCUCUGGUGACCAGCGGAGAGCUGGACCGCGAACUGGUGUCCCAUUACAACAUCACAAUCGGCGCCAGCGACCGGGGCUCUCCUCCUCUGUCCUCAAGCAAAAGUCUGGGCCUGUCGGUGGCCGACGUCAACGACAACCCGCCCGUGUUCCAGCAAGAGUCCUACAGCGCCUACGUGAGCGAAAAUAACAAAGCCGGCUCGGCCUUGUGUCGGGUAAGCGCUCGAGACCCCGACUGGAGGCAGAACGGCACGGUGAUUUAUUCUCUGCUGGCGGGCGCGGAGGUGAACGGCGCCCCGGCGUCCUCCUACGUCGCGGUGGACGGAGACACGGGGGAGGUCCGCGCCGUGGGCUCCUUGGAUUACGAAGACUUGAGGAGUUUCCGAGUCCAGGUGGUGGCCAGAGACAAGGGUUCUCCUCCGCUGAGCAGCAACGUGAGCGUCAGCGUGUGGAUACGGGACGUGAACGACAACUCUCCUCAGAUUCUGUACCCCGCCCCGGACGGCGACUCCUCGGUGACCGAGCUGGUCCCCAAAGCCGCCCAGGGGGGCUCGCUGGUGUCCAAAGUCAUCGCGGUGGACGCCGACUCCGGACAGAACGCCCGGCUGUCCUAUCAUAUCGUCAAGUCCACGGAUCCGGGACUUUUCACGGUGGGGCUCCACAGCGGAGAGAUCAGGACCCGGCGGGACAUUUCCGAAUCUGACGGCAUGAGACAGAACCUGAUGGUGGCGGUGAAAGAUAACGGGCAGCCCCCUCUCUCCGCCACCUGCUCGGUGUAUUUCCUCCUUUCCGACAACUUGUCCGAGCUGCCGCCGGAACUGAAGGACGUUUCUUCCCAGGAGCGUGAGAAGAAUUCCAAAGUCACCUUUUAUCUGCUGGUGGCGCUGGUGUCGGUGUCCACCUUCUUUCUGACCUUCAUGGUGGCGGUCCUGGCCGUGAGCUUUUGUCGCAGGAGAAAGCCCCGACUGUUGUUGGACGGAGCGCUCGCCGUCCCCGGCGCGUAUCUCCCUCCUAAUUACGCAGAUGUGGACGGCACGGCCACUUUACGCAGCGCCUACAACUACGACGCCUACUUGACGACGGGCUCCAGGACCAGCGACUUCAACUUUGUGCGUUCCUACGACGACGACGCGCUGCCCGCCGACCGGACGCUCCCCAAGAGUCUCGGCGACUUUGACGAUCCUUUUGAGGAUCUUGACUCCUCUGAAAAGCUUGACCGAGAGAAGCACAGCGAGAUGCAUUUGCUCCUGAGCGCUUUCGAUGGCGGCUCGCCUCCGAGAUCGGGAACGGUCGUCAUCCACGUCACCGUGCUGGACGCCAACGAUAACGCGCCCGUCUUCAGUCAGGCCGUUUAUGAGGCAAGCCUGCCCGAAAACUCUCCUCUGGAGGACGCGCCCCCCGGCACCGAGGUGGGCAUCAUCCACGUGCAGGACCGAGACUCGGAGCAGAACGGAGAAGUCCACUGCUCCAUCCAACAAGACGUCCCCUUCAAGUUAGUUCCUUCUAUCAAGAACUAUUAUUCUCUGGUGACGAGCGGACAGCUGGACCGCGAACUGGUGUCGCAUCACAACAUCACAAUCGGCGCCAGCGACCACGGCUCUCCUCCUCUGUCCUCCCGCAAAAGUCUGGGCCUGUCGGUGGCCGACGUCAACGACAACCCGCCCGUGUUCCAGCGAGAGUCCUACAGCGCCUACGUCAGCGAAAAUAACAAAGCCGGCUCGGCCUUGUGUCGGGUAAGCGCUCGAGACCCCGACUGGAGGCAGAACGGCACGGUGAUUUAUUCUCUGCUGGCGGGCGCGGAGGUGAACGGCGCCCCGGCGUCCUCCUACGUCGCGGUGGACGGAGACACGGGGGCGGUCCGCGCCGUGGGCUCCUUGGAUUACGAAGACUUGAGGAGUUUCCGAGUCCACGUGGUGGCCAGAGACAAGGGUUCUCCUCCGCUGAGCAGCAACGUGAGCGUCAGCGUGUGGAUACGGGACGUGAACGACAACUCUCCUCAGAUUCUGUACCCCGCCCCGGACGGCGACUCCUCGGUGACCGAGCUGGUCCCCAAAGCCGCCCAGGGGGGCUCGCUGGUGUCCAAAGUCAUCGCGGUGGACGCCGACUCCGGACAGAACGCCCGGCUGUCCUAUCAUAUCGUCAAGUCCACGGAUCCGGGACUUUUCACGGUGGGGCUCCACAGCGGAGAGAUCAGGACCCGGCGGGACAUUUCCGAAUCUGACGGCAUGAGACAGAACCUGAUGGUGGCGGUGAAAGAUAACGGGCAGCCCCCUCUCUCCGCCACCUGCUCGGUGUAUUUCCUCCUUUCCGACAACUUGUCCGAGCUGCCGCCGGAACUGAAGGACGUUUCUUCCCAGGAGCGUGAGAAGAAUUCCAAAGUCACCUUUUAUCUGCUGGUGGCGCUGGUGUCGGUGUCCACCUUCUUUCUGACCUUCAUGGUGGCGGUCCUGGCCGUGAGCUUUUGUCGCAGGAGAAAGCCCCGACUGUUGUUGGACGGAGCGCUCGCCGUCCCCGGCGCGUAUCUCCCUCCUAAUUACGCAGAUGUGGACGGCACGGCCACUUUACGCAGCGCCUACAACUACGACGCCUACUUGACGACGGGCUCCAGGACCAGCGACUUCAACUUUGUGCGUUCCUACGACGACGACGCGCUGCCCGCCGACCGGACGCUGGUCAAGAGUUCCGGCGACUUCGAUGACGGACUUCAAGAUUCUUUUGAUCCUCUUGAGAUGUGCUCGGUCUGCAGCCGGUGUGACGGGAGCGCUCAGACCGUCACACCGGCUCUCCUCACGACCGCGAAGGUGUUUUGCGUCGAGAUGGGAGACAAAGGAUUUUUCGAGCUGGUUCCAAUCUUCUGCCUUGUUUCCUUCAUCGCGAUGCUGCCCCUCGUUGAUGGAGAUCUGAGUUAUUCUGUUCCAGAGGAGGUGAAACAGGGUUCCGUUGUCGGAAAUAUUGCAAAAGAUCUUGGAGCGGAUCUGGUGACGUUUGCAGGCCGAAAGCCUCGCUUCGAUUUUGAGGAGACGCGGAGACGUUAUUGUGGGAUUAAUCUGAGCACCGGGGACUUGAUCACGUCGGAGAGGAUUGACAGAGAAAGCAUUUGCGGAACGAAGCCGUCCUGUGUCUUAAAAGUGGAUCUGGUGUUGGAGAAUCCUUUGGAGCUCCACCGUGUGAGUCUUCAUGUGAAAGACGUAAAUGACAAUCCUCCGAAAUUUCGUGAAAAAAUAAUUGAAAUGGAAAUAAGAGAGUCGGCAGAAAAAGGCAGCCGUUUUUCCAUCGAGGAGGCUCAUGAUGCAGAUGUUGGCCAAAAUAGUGUGCAGAGGUAUAUUUUACAAAGAAAUGACAACUUUAUUCUCGAUGUUGACAACAACAAGGUUGAACUCGUCUUAGAAAAUAAGCUUGACCGAGAGAAGCACAGUGAGAUGCAUUUGCUCCUGACCGCUUUGGAUGGCGGCUCGCCUCCGAAAUCGGGAACCGUCGUCAUCCACGUCACCGUGCUGGACGCCAACGAUAAUGCGCCCGUCUUCAGUCGGGCCGUUUAUGAAGCCAGCCUGCCCGAAAACUCUCCUCCGGGUACAGUCGUGAUUCAGGUGAGGGCGACGGAUGCUGAUGAGGGCGUCAACGGGGAUGUGACCUACAAUAUUGGCCACAUUUCUAAUGAUGACACGAAUAUCAUCACAAUUGAUCCCAAAACUGGUGAACUUAUAGCAGGUGAGACUGACUUUGAGGAAAACAAUUCGUUUGAAAUGAAAGUCCAAGCGAAAGAUGGUUUAGGACUGACGUCCUAUGCUAAAGUUAGAAUAGAAAUCACGGAUGUGAACGACAACGCCCCAGUUAUAAGCAUAAAGUCGCUGACCGAUCCGGUGGCAGAGGACGCGCCCCCCGGCACCGAGGUGGGCAUCAUCCACGUGCAGGACCGAGACUCGGAGCAGAACGGAGAGGUCCGCUGCUCCAUCCAACAAGACGUCCCCUUCAAGUUAGUUCCUUCCAUCAAGAACUAUUAUUCUCUGGUGACGAGCGGAGAGCUGGACCGUGAACUCGUGUCGCAUUACAACAUCACAAUCGGCGCCAGCGACCAGGGCUCUCCUCCUCUGUCCUCAAGCAAAAGUCUGGGCCUGUCGGUGGCCGACGUCAACGACAACCCGCCCGUGUUCCAGCAAGAGUCCUACAGCGCCUACGUCAGCGAAAAUAACAAAGCCGGCUCGGCCUUGUGUCGGGUGAGCGCUCGAGACCCCGACUGGAGGCAGAACGGCACGGUGAUUUAUUCUCUGCUGGCGGGCGCGGAGGUGAACGGCGCCCCGGCGUCCUCCUACGUAGCGGUGGACGGAGACACGGGGGAGGUCCGCGCCGUGGGCUCCUUGGAUUACGAAGACUUGAGGAGUUUCCGAGUCCAGGUGGUGGCCAGAGACAAGGGUUCUCCUCCGCUGAGCAGCAACGUGAGCGUCAGCGUGUGGAUACGGGACGUGAACGACAACUCUCCUCAGAUUCUGUACCCCGCCCCGGACGGCGACUCCUCGGUGACCGAGCUGGUCCCCAAAGCCGCCCAGGGGGGCUCGCUGGUGUCCAAAGUCAUCGCGGUGGACGCCGACUCCGGACAGAACGCCCGGCUGUCCUAUCAUAUCGUCAAGUCCACGGAUCCGGGACUUUUCACGGUGGGGCUCCACAGCGGAGAGAUCAGGACCCGGCGGGACAUUUCCGAAUCUGACGGCAUGAGACAGAACCUGAUGGUGGCGGUGAAAGAUAACGGGCAGCCCCCUCUCUCCGCCACCUGCUCGGUGUAUUUCCUCCUUUCCGACAACUUGUCCGAGCUGCCGCCGGAACUGAAGGACGUUUCUUCCCAGGAGCGUGAGAAGAAUUCCAAAGUCACCUUUUAUCUGCUGGUGGCGCUGGUGUCGGUGUCCACCUUCUUUCUGACCUUCAUGGUGGCGGUCCUGGCCGUGAGCUUUUGUCGCAGGAGAAAGCCCCGACUGUUGUUGGACGGAGCGCUCGCCGUCCCCGGCGCGUAUCUCCCUCCUAAUUACGCAGAUGUGGACGGCACGGCCACUUUACGCAGCGCCUACAACUACGACGCCUACUUGACGACGGGCUCCAGGACCAGCGACUUCAACUUUGUGCGUUCCUACGACGACGACACGCUGCUCGCCGACCGGACGCUCCCCAAGAAUCCCGGCGGCUUCGACGACGGGCUUUGUGAUUCUUUCGACCCACUCGAGGUAGGAACCUUUUAGCAGAUUAAAAUGUUUUUGCAAUGGCUUAUGCUCCUAUUUCCUACCUCUGCUUGAAAAGACAAAUCAUAUUUUUCAUCGAAC